AUGACAGACAUUCUCGCGCCCUCUCCGAAACUCGACCAGUUGCCAGCCGAGAUAGUUAUUCUCAUCGUAUACCAAGCUCAGGUUACCUGGCUGCACGAACACUUCGACGCACAAGCUCCUUACGUCGGGGUGAAGCGAUACGAUGCGGCGCGGCCAGCGCCUGCUGCAUCCUCGGGGCCCCAAUCCUGCAAUGGCUUCCGGAACCGACCCGACUGCAUACGCUCAGAGUCCGGCAAAGUUCUACCAUCUCAUCUGCCGUCUCCCGCCCAUAAUGCGUCGCACGUCUCGAAAAAGCUGCGCUAUGUCCUACUUGCCAACGGUUCCAAGAUCUGGAGCCUGGACAACACGUUGUAUGCGGCGAUCGCCAGGCACUCUGGGGAACAAGUUACAACGACACACGGAGUACGGACCGUCGAAUACGGGACUCGCAACUUGAUAGCAUUGGACGUUUGCAACUGCAUCCUCCACGGUGUCCGCUCCUUCUACCCUUCUCUCGAGCGCGUUAAAAUCAGGCUUCUCGAUCGGACGUUGACGUCCGAGCUGCGACGAUUCCUUAUCAAUAACCCAGGGCGUGCAGAUAGCCACCUGCGCGAGAUUGACGUGGAGUCUGUGGAUCCAGACCCGCAUCGCGUUGAGCUAGGAGAAUGGCAUAGAAUGGCAGCCGUCGAGAGCGAUGGGCUGCGUUCCGGUCGCUUUUACCGCACCGACAUCUUUUACUACUCGAAGACUAUGACCGCCCUAUGUCUUCAAUUCGGUCCGAAUUACCACAGGGUGUUUUUUGGGGAGUCGUUAGCAAUCGGUCUCAGGAUAUGCGCGGCCACGCUUGAAUUUUUGACGAUCGACAUUGCUGGAGGCUUCGCCGCAGACCUCGAAGGGGGCGAGACCGUCACGUUUCCCAGGCUUCGCCACUUCCGCCUUUGCACGGAUCCUGGCUACGCUAUGAUCCUGCUCUGCUGGAUGCUUUUGUCGCAUGCUCUUGAUCUGCACCUUGAGCUGGUUGAGUCCUGGAGGGCGGCCUUCGUGACAAAACACCGCGGGAUAUUGUUGCGGCGCAAUGCCCAAGACAAACACAACCACGCGUAA